CGCGUGGUCGUCUGCUUUCGCCUGCUGCGGCCAGUUUGUCGAACGCUAGUGGACGCCGGGGCUGCUGCCGCCGCUGCCCUCGCCUGGCAUAUCGCCACACUCCUGGCUGCACGCCCCACUCGGCCCCGCCAUGCCGGUGGACAUCAGCAAGUGGUCUGGGCCCUUGAGCCUGCAGGAAGUGGACGAACGACCUCAGCACUCAAUGCAGGUCGCCUACUCUGGGGCAGUGGUGGACGAGCUGGGCAAAGUGCUGACACCCACUCAGGUUAAGAAUAGACCCACCAGCAUUACCUGGGAUGGUCUUGAUCCGAGUAAACUCUACACCUUGGUCCUAACAGACCCGGAUGCGCCCAGCAGGAAGGAUCCCAAAUACAGGGAAUGGCACCAUUUUCUGGUGGUCAACAUGAAGGGCAAUGACAUCAGCAGUGGCACAGUCCUCUCUGAUUAUGUGGGCUCAGGGCCUCCCAAGGGCACAGGCCUCCACCGCUAUGUCUGGCUGGUUUAUGAGCAGGACAAGCCACUGAAGUGUGAUGAGCCUGUUCUCAGCAACCGAUCUGGAGACAACCGUGGCAAAUUCAAGGUGGCGUCAUUCCGUAAAAAGUACCAUCUUGGGGCCCCGGUGGCUGGCACAUGUUACCAGGCUGAGUGGGAUGACUACGUGCCCAAACUGUACGAGCAGCUGUCUGGGAAGUAGGGGAAAGCUUGGAGCGCGCACUGCCCCAUAGGCCCCAAGUAGUGUUCUCAGUUCUGUGUUGCAUGUAAGUUUCUCCUCUUUCCUGCUCCCCUGCACACAAACAGGCGAGAUCUGAGCAGAGAGUGUUCUAGGGUGACUUUUCCUACUGCCGAUUCUUAUAAUUUUAGGUAGUCACACACCCCGGUUUGUGUUUUGAUAAAAUUUGAGUUUCAUUUUGGUACUAUGAAGGGGUCAUCAAAUUAAUACAAAAACGGCAACCCAGAAUUUAAAGAAGAAAAAAAAUCCUGUAAAAAGACCAUGGUCUAUGGUAAUAGAGCAAAGCAUCAAAGAAUCUUUAAGGGAGGUUAAAAAAAAGGCAGGUGGGGGGAUUGGUUGCCUCUGCGUUUGUGAUCCUAAGUCCAGAAUUGUGUGUGACAGUGUCUUCUGAGACUUGUCACAGUGCUGUCUCUCACCAAAACAACCAGAGGCUACAUUGAGGCUGAUCCCCAACACAGCACAUCUCAGAUGGUUUAACAGAUGUCAGCGUCAGUCCUGUUCUGGCCCCUUCAGGAGCCAUCCUGGAAAAAUCUGUAGCAAAGUGACUUUGCUGCUGUGGAGACAUGGCUGUCCAGACAGGCGGCAAUGCCGGCUGACAGGUUAUCAGAAAUCCUUAAAUCUGUGUCCGUUAAAUUUUUCAGUCUUUACUAGGUGAGAAAAGCCAGUUUGGAGUUGCUGAAAGUUUUGUUAAUUCUGCUGUUUGCUUAUAGUUGAAUAAAAAUAAAAACCUUGAAUCAAUGAA